AUGGCUGACAGCCUUUACGAUUGCACCAAGAGUCGACAGGAGGUUGCGGAACGUUACAGUCUUCUCCAAGAUGCGUUGCGCGUCCAGAACCAAGCGUUUCAGAGUCUACUCCGUACUUUGCGACAAAGAUCACCUCCCGCACAAAGUAUGAAGAUUCUCACAGCCUUCGAGAGCUCCGAGCAAAGGUGGACGGAGCAUCGACUGUAUCUGCCGGCGGUGAGUGAAGCGUAUGGAGGUGCCGACAACGUAGUUCAAGACAACAUUGUGCAUUACGCUGACCCGAAUGUGAGGGUGUCGAUAUUAGCGAGGUUUAGCCGCACGCGCAUAGACUAUUUGCAACAGGCGGAAGAGCUUGCGCACUUCGCGCAGUCAACUGAGGUCGAACUGCGCGGGAAGAAUAUCAGGAAGGACGAGGUUGACACCGUCGACAAUGGGCGCCGAGCUUAUCACAAGAACCCAACAGGCAAUCGCAAGGACCAUCGAGAUGUGUACACGUACUACAAGUGUGGAAAGCCAGGACACCUGAAGAGAGUACAUGUAGGGUCGCGCUGA